UGACUGGGUUUCAGUACCAUUUCCACAUAAUUCCAGCUCACUAUAGUGUGACAGGUAAGUAGAAAGGUCCCAAAGAAGUUUUGUACAGUGAGGACAUGGACUGUUUCAAAAAAAAUCACAUCUUGGAAAGUGCUGCUGAAGAGGAAAACCACUACUGGUUCUCAUUCAGAGAGCCCCGCCUCCCACACAAAACAGCUGGAGCCCUUUAGUUCGCGCUACAUGUUGGAUAUCAUCACAUCCAGGACACAUCAAACCAGAGAACCUCAACAUUCAACUACAUCAAGCCCACAUCUGAGUUUAUCACUUAGCCCCACCUGGAAAAGAAAAAAAAGGGAAAAGAUUAGAGAGUACAAGAAGAGGCACAGAUUACAGGGACAGCAGAAAGAAGAAAGUGUCCACACCUGGCCAGUAAAAUGAUCCUGUGGGUUGGCUUGCUCCUGGUCCACUGCUGCUUGUGUCUGACUGGAGCUGGAGGAGAAAGCCCAGGACUGGAGACAUGUAUGAGGUGCUCUCAGGGACUUCACUGCAAGACCAAAGGAGGCUAUUCAUUUCCACGUCCAUGCGAGAACCCCGCCGAGAGUCUCAACACCUCCACCGUGUUCCACAACGUCAGCCUUUCCACGGUCAUGAAGUGUGAGAGGAUGCAGAAGUGCUCGCUGCGGCUCGGAAUCAAAGCAGUGGUGCAAAUCGCUGACUCCAUCCACGGCGUAUCCUUUUGUAUCACAACCGCAGGGAGGAUGACGGGGUGCAGAACCUUUAGCUUCACAAGGGCAUCAAGAGAAAGGAUGUCUGGACUGCAGGUUGAAAUUGAGAACAACUGCACUGAAGUUUCUCCAAACCAACAAGUGCAAGUAACAGUGACAACAGUCCCAAGUUACUGUGGAAUGACCUGGACCAGCACCUAUCAUACUCCAGGAUGCAGUCAUGAAGAUUUUAGAAGACAUGUUCCGGAGUGCAUCACUGGCAGACUGUCGUACAAAGUAAACCCAGACAAGAAGGAGCUGAGCGUAAAUGUUUCAGACAUGCUCAACGAUCACAACUAUCACCUCCGACUCUGCCGAAAGGAUUUCAUCUGCUCUGGCACAGGGGCUUAUAUGCUGAUAAAGAAGGAGCAACCCAUAAAGAGUGCCACCUUCCCAUACUCUCGACCUUUGCCCUGCCUCUGCAUUGAGGGCUGGUCAGCGGUGAUGGACGCCCCAAGAGUCCAGGUCUGCCCGUUCAAAGACCGUGUUGAGGAACUGUGGUUUGGAAUCACCUUUGAUCCACUGGAGGAGACUCUGUUAUGGGAGCCUGCUUGCCCAAUUACAGCUACGGCUGCAUUGUGUCAGAUGAGAGAUGAUGGCAUCUGUGUGGAUUUGCCACAUUCCUCCCAGAAUGUUACCAGAGAAAAGAUAGCAUUCUCUAAGGUGGAUCCCCAUGAUAGAGUGUGCGUCAAGUUUACUGCAGGCUCUCAGUCCUGGACCAGGUGCCCCUUUGCUGAUGGGAGACUCCAAGCAUGGGAGUUGGUUACAACAAGAACAGAGGGGCAUGAAGAAGUGAAGAUGCUGUCACAGAUCUCUGCAAACUUUUCUGUGGAGUUGUGCGUGAAGUCCGAGGGAUCCCCUGAGUGUCAGACCAUUGAAACACACAACGUGCAGGUGGAGAAACAAAAAGCUGUUGAUUUAAACCUGAAAGGGGCGUCCUGCAACUCAUGUCUUCAGAUAAAAAGGCUUGAUGUGGAGUAUGCUGCCACAGUCAUCCACUGUCUGAAGCUGUGCAGUGACUCAUCACCUCUUCGUUCAGACUUGACCUGGGUAUUUGUGCUGACUGGUGUUUGCCUCUUUGGAGUAAUAUGUGUCACUCUGGUGCUUCAUGUCCUAUUAACAGUGCAUCGGAGAAGGAAGCAGAAAAUAACCGGAGUCCGUAACGGUGAAAAGCAAAUAGAUCCCCCUCCCACCUGUCUGGUGUCUGUGUUACAAACUCAGCCGGUUGUCCACGGUGGGGUCUUCAUACCUGAUUCACCGCAGUGCGGAAACAACGAGAAGGCCAACUUACUCUCUGAAUGACCAAAGUGUGAGGCAUAAAGAUGUUACAAAAGCAACUAAGUUCUCUGUUGAAUUCAGUAUAUAAUUGUAGGCACUGACAUUUCAAACGGUAUGUAGCUUUCUGCAGAGGUGCUGGUUUGUAUGCUUGUUCUAGUUACUGGCUAAUGUAUUUUGUGUGGUUGUGUUUGUUUGGGAGAAAGUUGUUUUAAAGGUAAAAUUUCAUUUAAUCUUGCAGC